UUGUCCACACACACAAUAACACACACACACACAAUAACACACACACGUACAGUACACACACACCGGACUGGAGAAGGAGGUUUGACAGCGGCGGCAGAAAAGAUGAAAUUGAUUCGUGACUCCGCCCUUUGUCUCCUACACCUGCUGCUAUUGGCUGAGCCGGUUGUCCGUUCAUCUGCACGUCCCGCCCACCGCUCUCCGCUCUGUGGCAUGUUCAGACCGAUGAUCCAUCACGUGGACAGCUUGUUGACCUUAUCCCAUGAACUCCAUGCCUUGACAGGAGAAGAACUCGAGAACUUUGAGGCCGCAGAACAUCGACUGGACGGUCUUCUUCACAUCGAACACACCUUCGCCCAUUUCAGCUCCCUGGAGGUGAACCAGUCGCUCUCCAAGCUGCUCCUGUACACGCGAGCCUUCAGGCUGCAUGCUGAUUGGUUGAUGAAAGCCAAAGAAAACGUCAGUUUGUCCUCUCGGUCAGCAGAGGGCGCCAGCGAUCACCUCCUGCAGCUGUCCAACCUCCUCAACGCAUCUCUUCACCAGAUGGGCGCCGAGGCUCCUCAGCCGCCGCCUCCCUCCCUCCCCGUCGUCUCCAGGGCCUUCGACGUCCUCCGGUUCUCCGUGGAGAUCUCCGAGCGGCUCCAGGUCUUCUGCAACUGGUCCAAACGAGCGCUGGUGCGUCUCCAGAGACGCUCCUGCCCUCGAGGUUAAGCGCAAAACAACCACCGUUAGCUUGUUACGCUUCGUGUAGAUGAGGAUUUAUUGGAUGUGUUUGCCAUGGUGUUCGGUCCAGAUGUUCACGGCCCCCUACAGGUUCAUAGUGUCCAACGUCUACUCGGUGGAUUGGCAAGCAUUCAAGGUCCCCCCAGAAGAAGAAUCCUCCCUCGCUUUUCCUUCAGCGCCACCUUGAGGUCAAAAUGACCAAAUAGUCCCAUCCUUUGGUUUAUGACCAACUACCUGCAGAGUAUUAUAUUCAUCCUGUGUGCAUUAUGCUGAACUGAGGCGGUGCAGGUGGUGAACAUCAUACCUGCUGAGCGUUUGUCAUUACUGGCAUAUUUUAUUUAUUUAUUUAUUUAUUUAUUGCACGUUCUUAAAGAGACGUCUCAUUUUACUGACGCAGCGUGCAGAGGAACCCCGACCUGUGACCUUUACUCCCUUUGUUUACAUUCACAGUGCCUGCUAAGAGUUCAACUCAACGAGCUAAACGACGAUAAAAUGUCGUGGAACUUUUCACGUUUUUCUACCAUUUAGUUUUUUAAUCUAUUUAGGAUGCUAUUUAUGAGCUUUUAAAAAAAUAUUAUUACAGUGUGAGAUGCAGGCAUCUCUAUUUUUUUCUAUGGGUUAUCUAUUAUGUGAUAUUUAAUAAUAUUAUUAAUAAAGUAUUGUCAUGCUGUGUAUUAUUUAUACAUGUAGUAUGUUGGACAUGAAGUCUUAAAUAAAGUUUUUACACUUGAAACAGA